GUGCGAAUGACGUAUUAAACGCGCGACUGUCAUUUCGCACGUGAGCGACAAUCAUGGCUGUAGUGUGUUCAAAGGCAGACUGGUUUGUUUCAAGCUGUUCUUCUACUUUAGUUGCUGUAAACCUUAAAGAGUCUAGCGAGCCGUUUGUGUUUGACUGUGCCAAAGCUGAGAAAAAACCAAAGGAAGCUGAUGGUGAUGAUAAAAGUGCUGGAGAUGGGCCAGAGGAGAAGGACAGUGACAGGAUACUUGCAUUUAGUGUCUCAGCCUCUGGGAAGCAUGUAGCGCUCACAGAUGACCACAAACGUCUUGUUCUCUUCUGUACUGAGCCAUCAUGGCAGUGCAUUAGUACACGGUGGGUUGUGCGGCGAUGCACGUCUCUUGUAUUUACUCAGGCUGAGGAUGAAGUCUUUGUGGCUGAUAAGUCUGGGGAUGUAUAUUCAUUCUCUGUCCUGGAGCCACAAAAACCAGGAGAGCUGAAGCUGGGACAUCUCUCCAUGUUACUGGAUGUGACUCUUUCUCCAGAUGAUAAAUAUAUCAUAACAGCAGACCGCGAUGAGAAGAUCAGAGUGAGCUUCCGGCGGUCACCCUACAACAUUCAGGCUUUCUGUCUAGGGCACAGAGAAUUUGUGUGUGCGUUGCUUGUGCCUGCAGGGCAUCCUGACUGGCUUCUCUCUGGUUCAGGAGAUGGCACAGUGAAGGUUUGGCAUUAUGAGACUGGUCGGCGGUUACACAGCGUUGACCUGAGGCAACUCGGCCUUGACUCAGAAAACUCAGACACAGAAAAGAGGUUUGCUGUCAGCAGGAUCAUAAGCUCGCCAGAUGGGCGACACGUAGCUGUCCAGUGUGAGAGAUUCCCCUCAGUUCAGCUCUUCAUGGUGGAUUCUGCGACAGAGGGCUGCCUGAACCCUGCUGAGACUCUCGCUCUUCCUCUUGCCCCCUGGGACAUGACCUUUGAUUCACAAAGCCAGCUGUGGGUCUUACUGGAGAGUGAAGACUUGAAUGUGCUCCUGUAUCGAUACUCAGAGCAGCACUGGAAGCUGUGUCAGUCAGAGACGCCUGAAUUGAGGAGGGUCACUGAAGCAUUGCGGACUCAGUGGAAUGUCUUUCAAGGUUCUGUGGGACUGGAGAGUCAGUUUAAGCACCUGUAUAAGGUGAACUUCGACAACAUGGCGUCAUAUUUGCAAAAGAAACAGGAAAGGCUGGAACAGGAGACUAAGAAGAGAGCAGCAGCAAACGGCUCUAAACCCAAUAAAAGAAGUAAAACGGAGAGCGACGCUGUGCCUCAAAACACCAGCUGAAAGAACACCAGCUUUUUUAAUUUGUGCUUUGUGAUUAUAAAAAGUUCAUUUUGUUAAUUCG